GUCAAAUUGUUAAGAAUAAUUGAAUUGAGGGCUUGCGGCUAUUUUUGAUUUAGAAUUAAUGUUAUAAUUAUAAGGAUACAAAUUGUAGAAUUCACACGAAACUAAUCCGCUACUAUGUCUAUAACGACGCUGUAUUAUUUACAGUUAAAAAAGGAAAAUGCUCACGAUGAUGCCAUAUGGUGCUGUUGUUGGAGCCAAAUUUGUCAUGAAAAAACGAAAGAAGUUACUGAAAAUCCAGAAAAUGUUGAAAACUCACAAGAUUCAAACCAUUCCCAAGAGCCACCGGAUAACUACAUCAUCACUGGGGGUCUUGAUGACAUUAUCAAGAUAUGGCAACUAGAUAAUGGAAAAUUAGAAGUUAAACAUCAACUAGAAGGCCAUUCCCUUGGCUUAAUAUCUGUUGUUGUAAGUCCUGAUGGAAAAACUCUAGCUAGUAGUUCUCAAGACUCAUCCCUAAUUCUGUGGGACAUUGCAUCUGGAGAAAAGUUAAAGACAAUGGAGACAGGGACAAUGGAUGUAUGGACACUGGACUUCUCUCCAGAUGGUAAACACGUAAUCUCAGGCAGUAAUGCUGGAAAAGUGUUAAUAUUUGGAGUUGAGAGCGGCAAACAUGAGCAGACAUUAGACACAAGAGGAAAGUUUACACUAAGUGUGGCAUAUAGUCCAGAUGGUAAAUAUAUUGCAAGUGGUGCAUUAGAUGGUAUUAUCAAUAUAUUUGAUGUAGCACAGGGUAAGCUUGUGCAUACUCUUGAAGGACAUGCUAUGCCAAUUAGAAGCUUAUGUUUCUCUCCUGACUCUCAGUUAUUGUUGACUGCCUCGGAUGAUGGACACAUGAAGCUCUAUGAUGUUGUUCAUGCAAAUUUAGCUGGCACAUUAUCUGGGCAUGCUUCAUGGGUGCUAUCAGUUGCAUUUUCACCAGAUGGUAAGAGAUUUGUAUCUGGAAGCUCUGAUAGAACAGUCAGAGUUUGGGACUUGGAUAGUAUGCAAUGCCAACAUGUUUUUAAAGAACAUACUGAUCAGGUUUGGGGCGUGAAAUUUAAUGCAGAAAGUAAUAAAAUUAUAUCAAUAUCUGAAGAUAAAAGUUUGAAUAUUUAUGACUGCCCAUUAUAAUAGCUAUCUUAUAAUAAAAACUAUAUUAAAAAUUUGA